UAUUAAAAUAUCCAGGAGUAGAACAGAAGAAAACCAUUUAAAAAAACGUUUCAUGUAUGUAGGAUGAUUUGUUCCAAUUGAAGUUUAAUACUGGCAACUCACGUUGCUCACCUUGGUAAACGAGGUUUGAAGGUGAAAUCAUCUGUGUGAAGUGAACCAAUAAACUGAGAAACUAGUCAAUCAAUUCACAGCAGUCAGCAGAGAUGCUGACAACGCGCACCUGUCCAAAUCUGUGAAGUUGGUGGUCAAUCAAAAAGUACCAUGGCGACAACGAACCCGCAGCAACAACACUCACGUUCAGGUUUUCGUGAUGGCAGUCUUGUUCAAAGUGGCCCCAGUAGUGUGGACAAGCUUGCAUUCAAAUACAUGGAGCUGUGUAAAGUGGAGUCCAGUACUGAUUCCGAGUCAGAUGUCAGUCCAAGAUGGUCUGAUACCAGCACCAUGGGAUGUGCAAGUAGUGCGCCAGAGAGCAGACAACCCAUUCAAAGGAUGCUAACAUGUACACACAAACCGGUGGGACGAUUUUCGUAUCAUUCUUUGUCCUUGGACCCAUAUGACGGGAGCUCAGAAGAUUCGGAUGAGUCCAUGGGUGGUCCCAGGCGACCGAGGCAGGGAGGCUGCAGGUAUUGGGGCAGGAGCCAAAGAAGGAACAAUCACCCUCCAACUGUCAUCCUCAAAGAAGUGAUCAAAAGUGGUGGUCUAAGGGAUGGCCCAAUGGAGCCGCAUCUCAUUGAUGUCCAGAUGAGGUCAGCAAGUGACUCUGAGCUAUGGACAUGCAGCCACAGCAAGGGGCGGGGCCCUGUUGGUGAGACAUCUGCAGACUCAGGAGUGCUUGCUACUAAAUCCUCCCCCUGCACACCAGUGUCUCUCACAUUUGUGGGGGCAGCAACCUCUGUCCACAAUGUCCAGACACCAGAGAGCACUUCAGAGAAAUCUCCUGACAGUCCUGUCCCCCUCAGGGGUCUCUUCAAAAGGAAAUUCUGUCUUCCAGGAGCAGAGACACCACAAGAUGGCGGCCACAGGAAGAGGCAGUGUGUCACCAAAAUGGAGACUGGGGAUUCUCCUCCUGAGGUGAGUUGGGCCCUGACCAGAAACAGUCCCCUAGCCUAGAGACACCAUAUUGCUUAAUACUGCUUAUCCAACACUUGCAUAUCUACACAGGUGGCUAGGAGCGGUUUCUGGACAGGGUCAUGAAACUGGAAAAACAAGGGCACUUUUGACCACAUCUUUUUCUUUCUUGCAGAACAAGUUGAUAAUCUAUUGGAAAACAUUGAUGUUAAAGUUGUGGCUAUUCAAGUUUACUUGGAGAAUAUGUAUCGAGUAUGAAAGUUAUUCCUUUACUUAAAAACAGAUGCAAUUUUUUUCCACAGUAAUUUGAACUUAAUUCUCACGCAUGUAAGGAAUAACAUCCAUAUUAAUUUGCAUUGCUAUAUUGUCUAUUGGUGUGGUGAAAUAUAUUGGGGGAUUGAAUAAAUCAUGCAUUUGCUAGUUCUAUUGUAUGGUAGUUAUGGAAAAAAAUUAGUGGUAGACUGAUUUGCUUUAGACUAAUAUCAAAUAAAGCUGUUCUACCAAAGCAUAUUCACUGA